AUAUUUUGCAUUAUCCAACAAAGCUAAGCUAUAAGAAAUAAUAGAGCUAGAAUAAAAGCAAAAGUAGAUGAUUAGUACUGGUUUCAUAUUCUAGCUUUAUUUAUUCCCUCUUUGAAGUAGUUGCAGACAAUUAUAUGGCAUCCAAAGCCCUUUUUCAUAUGCUUUUCUCUUAAUAAUCCUCCUACUCUUCUUCUUGUUGUUGUUGGAGGGUCAAGUUUUAGAAGUUGUUGCAACAGUUGGUGAGAUCGAUUAAUUAAGAAUGAACGAUUGGGCUGCUCCGAUCAUUGGCGCCGCCUUGUUUGCAUUUCUGUCACCAGGACUCAUCAUUCAACUUCCGGGAAAGCAUCGACCAGUUGAGUUCAUGAACAUGAAGACGACUGUAGCCUCCAUACUAUUGCACACAGUUCUAUUUGGUUUGUUUCUUAUUUUGUUUCUUGUAGUUCUUAAUGUUCACCUUUAUGUCUAGGAUGUCAAAUUAGUCAACAUCUUUAGUGGCAUGAAGGAGGAGGUUUUGUAUCAACAAAUCACUGAAAUAUAAGUUUCUACCCUUUUAUUAAUUACAGAUAUUGAUGCUCAAUCUUCCCUACAAAAUUAAGAGGCUAUGUAUCUGUUGGAUGAAAUAUUAAGGUUUUAUUACCCUUGUAUUAUUAUUGAUUUUGCUUCGUAUAUCAUGUUUGCUUCGAUUGUUUUGUCUUUUUUAA